AUGGAUAUGCUCAAUGACUUUGUUGCAGCCAUCGGUCGCAGAAGGUUUACCGCCUUUAGUGAGCUCCGCGACGCUGUAGAGAGUUUCAAUGAAGUAUCUUUUUGCUUUGGAAUCUCCUCUCUCACCUAGACUGUUAACUAGCGUAUGGAUACGAAAUUUCGCAUAUUCCGGAGCCACAAGCUUCCCCCGGGACACCAACACGCCAACACACUUAUCUAUCGAUCUGUCCACUAUGCCUGUCGUUACAGCAAUUCAGAGGGCUGUCCGGCGUCCUUUCUGCUCUCCUAUUUUAAUGGAUGCCUCAUCUGCAAGCAUAUGAACCUUGCUCACAACCACAUGAGUAUCACGAUGAGAGAAGUAAGCGACAGCCUCGCCUCUGACUACAACAUCGUGACUGAUCUAACAGAGGAUUUCAAGCGAAGAUUUCCCAACCGUAUGUUCGCCUCAUUUAAGGACCUUACGAGCCGACUGAAUGAGUAUGAGCAGGUAGGCGACACGCAUCCGUAACUUAUUUACUAACCGCACCAGGAAACGGGUUCCAUGUUUGUCAAGAAACACGUGAAGCACUGGGAGACGGACAGUGGCCACCGUUCAACUCUGGUUUAUAAGACCCUGGCUUUCCACUGCAUUCACCACGGCCAGCCCUCCUCAGUGGCCAGGACGUUUGCCUUCAGUGGGUAUGUUUGCAGGUUAUAGCGUCAGAACACUAAAUUGAAACUCUCUUCACGCACUUAUAGGAGCAUGAAGGUGGGCUGUCGAGCGAAACUCUACGUCUCCAGUAUGAGUGGUCAAGUGCGCAUAAAGAGCAUCAACUUAAGGCACAAUCAUGAGGUGUCGCCGCAACUGGCUUCCACCUACAACCGCAACUUGCGACUCUCUAAUGAGGAACAUAGUCUGAUUGAAUCUCUGUCAACCACCAACCUCACGCCCAGUCGCAUUUCUGAUCUCCUAAUAAGUAAGUUUGCUUUAAUGGCGACAACUGCUCCGUUCCUUCCUUAAAGAGAAAACCCAUCGGCACUUGCCGCCACAGACGAUACGGAAAAUGGUUUAUCGCGCACGACGGCACCUCAGCUCAGGAUCACAAGGACAGCACCAAAAGGAACACGCCAGCGUGGAUACUGACACGUCCGCCAAGUGUGCCGAUUUUAUAUGGCAUUAUAGGGACGACUCUGACAACCAGCAGUCUUCAUUGCCAUUGUUAUGCACACCUUCUGAAGUCGACGCAAAUGAGCAAAACGCGCAUCUUCUUCUGAAUGGUUGUAAGUUCUCCUUUCACUUCGUGUGUCAACGGGGGUGGGAACUAAGGAAUGGAACUCACCUAAUUGUAAUUUGAACCCGUUUGCUACUGUUAAACAACUAUAUGCAGUCAAAGGCAGAAUAGCUAAGGCAAUGAGGGCUGAUACUGACUGCCGGUCGGUGCGUUUAGAUGGGAUUGUGUAGUUAAAGCGGACAAUACCGACUUGUCCCAGGUUUCAUUGCGUUGCUAUGUCUACGAACGUUUAUUGCCCAUUUUGCGGGUAACGAUUCCACAGUCCAGUGAAGGCUCUCGGAGCCACGUCAUGCAACAGCAUAAAAUUAACGGGACUCCCGUCUUGGUUUUUAGCUAGCCCCCGCGUUUGAAAAUACUUUGGAAAUACCUCACAUAAAUUACUAUUCGUAGGAAGGUUGCACAAAUUAACACUGAUUAUACCCAUUUUGCGGGAAGUUAUGCCUUGAGAUUUCGUACAUUAAAAUGAAAUACGUCUACCUCGAAAAAUUCUUAGACACAAUACACCUAGAAAUUCUCAUCCGAUUACUCAUGUACUAUACCCUCCGAAGACACAUUACUGCUGUUGUAUCAUGAGCACCAGGAGGCCUGUACAUAGGGCGAUCUGGGGGAAUGCACUUCAUGUAAUAUCAGAUCCUCCGAACAGGUGAAGAACGCAGGCUGUUUUACUACACUGUCAGGGAAGUAUUUCGUCUUCUAUUGCCGAAAUGUCGACUAAAGUUAGGAAAUUUGAAGAAAUAUUUUCCCCCAAAAUCAACAUACAUUGAUGAUUUUGUGUACAGCCCUUCAAGGACUUAUGAUUACAGACUUACCAACUGUGGCUUCUUCUCUCAUGGAGACCGCCCACUGAUGUUAACUUUUUUUACAGGCCUAUUUUCUUUCGAAGCUCACGUACUUUGACCGUAUUUGUUACUUAGAAAUUUCAGCCGUUCCUUUUUUCGUUUUAGCUUGUGUAAAAGCGGAGCAAUGCGGAAACGGUUCUGAACUUAAAUGUGAAUUGGUCACGAGAGGUGAAUACGAACAGGAGGCCUCUGAGUCUGUAAGCAGGCACUUUUGUCAAUUCGCGUUCUUCUUCGGGUGCAUCUGUUAAGAAUCCCUGAGGAAUUUAUUUGCCGCAAUUGUGAGGGGCUCGGCGGGAUUUGAUCCCUUGGCAGGAGGGGGAAAAACUUGAGUACAGCCACCACUAACGACCUUGGCUACGAGACCUUGGAGGAGGGCCGUGAGUUUACUCACAUUUGGUCAAGUUACCCGCCCCUCCUACUGCAACGUAUGGAAUCCAAUUGCCCUUGUUGUCGUGGGUCCGAACCCCACCGAGGUCGCCGAGUCUUUCACAAUUGGGCCAAAUGAAUUAUUCAAGUCUACCAAGAACGCCUAUUACUGAAAAAGUCUGUGUAGCAAUAUUUCGGUGCACACAAUAAUACCCUUACUAAGGUGCAAGGGGGUAAUGACACUCUUCCUGAUUCCCACAUUAAUCUGCCGCCUGUGAAAUAAAUUUCCUCCCCAUCUGGUGAUGCUAUCCGCACACUGUGUGCUUCAACAAGGUUCUGACCCGAUGCGGUUGUGAUCUCAACUGCCACACCAUUUGGAGGGUGGGGAGUACAGUACCUAGUUUUCCACAGAAUCCUUUGAUUGUCGAGAGCUAUAAUCGACAAGGCGGGAGACUGAAACGCCAUUUCUAGCUUAUUUACUGGUUUGGACUACAGACUGAAUCGCCAGGGCAAGCAUAACGUCCAUAUUCCGCCCUGAAAUCUGCAUAGGUCCUUGGACGUCACCUUCAGCUGCUUCGUGAUUUUUGCUCAACAGCCUGCCUACUUGUCGGAAGGCAGUUUGCGCUUCUUCACCCCAUCUCCCUUCCAUUCUCUUCGGAAUUCCUCCUCUGCUCUUUUCUAUCGAAUCCAGGACCAGUCAGUGUUUUCGAACUACGUUCUUGCCUAUUAUGACACCCUCUUGCAUCGUACUUGACGUUCUAGGGUUUAAUUACUUUCGACAUACAGUGCGUGACCGAUCGCAUGAAAUGUUGGCCGAAAUUCUGAAUUACAUUUUCGACUAGGAAGGAUUACCUAGGUGGGGCUGUAGUAUUGAUUAGCAUGCGACAUAAUCCUAUAGCAUUUCGGACUCACCAGACUGCCGGCUAUUAAAUGCACUUCUUUCCGACCUCCUACAGAAACAACACUCAGUAAAAAAUGACUACUUAUGUAGCAUGCAAUUUUCACAUUUGUUUUCGAUGGUCUUAUAAAUUCAAUAUAUUUUAUAGAAAACAUGCACAAAAUAUGCUUUAUUUCACAUGUUUGGUAAAAAAUCACAUUUUCUUUACAUUUUCUACCCAAAGAAAGUGCAUAUUUAGGUUUUGAAAAAGUUUUAAAAUUCCCGAAGAAUUUUGAGCCAGAUCAGCCGUUGCAUUAGCGCUUAGCGACUUCAGUCUGCAAGGCGCAUACUUUCCACGUGAGAAAAAUCAUAUAUUUCUCCAUGCCCUUAAGAGUUCAUAAAAUUGUGCAAUUGAUGCGGACUAUGUUGUACAUUUCAUGAGGAGCACUGGUAAACGUACGUGUGCGAUGCUGUAUAUACGGACAUCGCACUGUCUUAAAAAUCUCAUAAUUAGAAACUUUUAAAACCGCAUGAUAACCUUUCUUAGGGCAUAAAUGCGACUUUCUACCAUGCUAGUAAAAGAAAGCAUAUUUUUGCGCAUGUUUUCUGCAAAAUAUACUUGACUUUAUAAGACCACCGAAAAUUGACGUGAAAAGUGCAUGCUAUUUAAGUAUUCAUUUUUACCAAAUGUCGUUUCUACAGGAGGCCAAAAAGAAGUAAAUUCAAAAGCUGACAUCGUGGCAAGUCCGAAAUACUGUAGGAUUGCGUCGUAUGGUAAUCAGUAUUACAACCCCACCUAAGUAAUCCUUCCUAAUCGAAUACGCAUUCCAGAAUUUCGACCCAAAAUUUCCUGAGUUCGGUCACGCAUUGUAGUUGUAUUAGCAGCUGGAGCCGAGGUGAGGAUUUUUUCAUCAGUAGUUACCGUUGUGCUUAUCGCCCGUAUGAUCACUUCCAUCUCUGUUUGCAGUAGCCUAGAGUAUUACAAUGGAGUACCGGAAGUAUUGACUGCGUUGGCGGAAUUGUUAGAACUAGAAGGAUAUGAUCACCCAGGACUAGUCAGUGUUCUUGAACUACGUUCACGCCUGUUGUGGCACCCUCUUGCAUCGUAAUUGACGUUCUGGGGUUUCAUUAUUUUCGGACUAGUGUAAGCAGUUAUCUCUGCUUGUGUGACUGAUUUUGCCUCUAGUAGUAUGUUCCUCUUACUUGCUUAAAACAAGGCCCCUGUCCGGUGUUCCGUCCCUGACACCUUCACAGGCCGCUGUCCAUCCACGUCUGUUGCCAGUUUGAACUGGAUCGCUCGUCAUGAGACCUGCGCCACCUGCGCUGUCCCAUCUGAUGUGCAAAUCCUGACCGAGGCACUCGAUGGCCGCCGACCCUGCAGCACAGAAAUCCCGGUUGACCCUACUUUAUCCGAAAUGCAUCUCGCUCGUGUAAGUGCGCCAUUUUCUCGACGGAGCGGUCCCUCAAAAAGGCAAAUCUUUGUCAUUCCGGCCCCACAUCAGGUGUCCUAGUGAUCACUUGGUUUAACUGACGCUUAAUUGCCCUGCGGACACCGAGGGGAAAUUCAGGCAGGAUGGACCAAUUUGGCAGGACUAAACGAAGUUGGUUUCACAAUAACGAACGUCGAAAUCCCUUGUACUUGCUGGUCAGAGAUGCUGGUUAGUACACGGAUAUGUGUACCCCCUCCUGAGUUAUCUCCCUAUAAAGUACCUUUUGGUACAUUAAAGCAAGUGUACGGCGCAGAUGCGGUUUCUCCUUUUUGUAUAUUUACUAACACCACAUUUCCUUGCCGAAAGACCCCCAUUACUAUCAUUCCAGUAUUACAGACGGCCAUGCGCCAUAGUUCAAAGGAGAGGGUACAUGUAUCCGUGUCCGACCAAAUGCUGUUAGACUACUCAGUUGGGUUCAGUGGUAAAACUGCAUUUUAAUUGACCCCUAUCCUUGUUGCGCUGGGAUAGACCGUGGAGCGUACGCUGAUUGAGGGAGCACUGGCCUCAGACUUUUGACUAAAAGCUGUGGGAAUGAUGUUCGAUACAACUGAGCGUAAUUGGCUGUCUGGCUUAGGUUGAAGUAUUCCCCCGUUAGUCAGUUAAAAAACGCAUCCCACAUGACGAAAUAGAAGCACAACCAACAGUCCCCUCUGCCACCCCCAACUAAUCAUGUCGAGCGACAUCCUAACCUAUGCUAUAGUCUGAUAUUUCUUGUCUUUCACGCAAACAAUCGUGCUUUUAACAGUUUUGCCAACUGAUGACCGUGCAUGUCGAGCCUCCUGACUUUCAGCGAUCGUACUGUUGAUAACCCUGUCCCAACCUCUUUAAUAAAGUCUAACUGAACAUCUGGGGGUUUCGCCACCAAACGACACUUAUUUCCAUCCAAACUUUUCCGACACACUCGCUUGUCAAUGAAAUUGAAAUUGCGUUCUCUGAUAUAAGAAAAAGGUUGAAGCUAACUAAAUUACACAUAUGUUAUUCUAGUUCACGGUUAAGUAACCAGUAUUCCUGUACAUGACCUCCGGAUCGUAUCCAUUUCCGUAGUUCGUGGGGUUGGGCCGAUGGCCACAACUCGGGAAAUUACUUUGUUAAUUCACUCGUCUCCUUCCUGACAAUUUGAUUAAGGGCUACGUUGUCAACAAAAGUGUUGUCCCUCUCGCCUAGGACUCUUUUGGCUUGCAGAAUAUGCCGUUCGACUCAUCUCUCAAGGGGUAUUAAAGUCGAUGACGUGGUACUAAAGUUGUGUCAAUUUUGGUAUUCCUUACUCUUUCUACAACAAUAGCCCUACUUGCCUAACUUUAAAUGGCGUUCACUUUGACUUGCCAACCACACUUUGUCUUGAAGGUUGAUUGCCUCGCAAACCAUUGCAGUCGGUUGGUGGCAGAUUUGCUGGCGAAAUUGGGUUAUUUGUCAUUGAAGCCGUGUACUUCAACACAGUAAAUAGCAUUGGGACCCUGUUUUGCCAUGCUUACCCUCGACACCGCCGCCAGCCGGGAUCGAGUUUCGACUGCCUUAGAACAUGUGCGAUCUUGCCUCCAGCUGGACAGUGUACAUAUGAUUGAGCUACCGCAGUCGCCCGUAAGAAAUGUGCUGUUAACUGAUUUUCCCGCAUACUUGCCCUCUGAAGACGCGAGCGGAGAAAGGAAAUGAUUCCUCAAACACAGACUCUGGCUCCCGGGGAUGAACAAUGCAGUACAUCCUUAUGGAUGUCGUCGUGGGCGCCUCGUACAUUUUCCGCCAUUACUUUUUAUUGGUCCCACGCUGAUUCAAAGGGUUUUGACGGAGUCGGGCGAAGCCCGAUCCCAUAGUUGACCCAAUUCUCAAUUGCACUGUCACCCUGCCUAUUUGACAGAACGAAGGUAGGAGUUUCGCCAUCUACCAGAUGUAUGUAGGUACAGUGACUGACGCCAUCUUACGUCCUCACACUGGCGGAGCCUGCCUUCACAUGCUCGAGUGUCACACCUGUAAGGAGCUAUCACAACCCGACCAAGGACUAGGCUGUCAUCUCCCCGGCCAUUAAACCUAGAGUUUCGAGAUGAUUUGAAUACGUGUUGUUUGGAGUUUAAUGCGGAGAAAAUUGAACGGCGUUGUCAAUGCAUUUGGGCAUUUUAAUGCAUAUUUUAGAAUAUUGGUUGGUUUUUUGCCUUUAGUCUCUCCUGUUAGUUUCCCCGAAUGUUGUGAAGGAUGUACCUGCUAAUUGUUUACUACUUCUGGAGUAAUUGGCGUGCUUUUUUCUAAUUUUAAUGCCGGCGUUUUGUAUCCGUCUUAGUUCCGCACCAGCCGAUUGGUGUUGAUGGGAUUAAUGGACUAUAUAACUGAAGUUUAGAGCUCCGCCUACUCAAACAGAAUCUGAGUAAAGUAUGUAGUCAGAUUAGUAGUGCUCACUGGAGCUGAACCUGGUAAGCCAUGGGUCACACUUUCAGCAAAUCUGUACGCACUCUGAUGCCCUUUUAAAAUAGAAGAUAUACACCACGCUACUGGUUAGAGAUCUUGAUAUCUUUUUGGAGUUAGGGGUUCACCCCCGACUUUAAUUCCCCCUUCUCCGACUUUAUUCACUUACACCGUUGUGCGUCAUGGUUACAUUUCGCACCACAAGGUGCAACUCGAACUUCGCGGAGUGGCCGAUGACUGCGAGAGCUGGUAGUCGAAUGGCCUAUGCUAACUUGGCUAAUUUUUCUACUUGCAGGUUUUAAGGCAAGCGACUUUUGAGGAUAUUGUCAAAUUAGCUGGACCUAAGCUAGUGCGGGGCAUGACGCUGUGGAAUUUUUUUCGCCUGCGCUACCUAAACAGCGACUCCUCGAGCAUGCCUAUUCCAAGGAUGGUCGAGGAGUACCUCCAUCUGGUGAAAUGUUUCCAGACUUUCCUGGCUGAUCGCCUCAGACCCCUGGCUGCCGACAGUGGAACCUCCGCCUCGAUGAGCAGAGGACCAUCAGUUCUCUUCUCUGCCAGGCCCGUUCUUGGGAAGGUUCGUCUCAAGGGUCAGGAGAAGGUGGUUGCGGGUGAGUUGACGGAUUUUUCCAUGAACCCCAAAAUCCCUGGCAUGCUAUUUAAUUCGCCACCCCUGCAGGAAUUAUAACGGGUGUGUGACGCUCCUACACUACUGCACGAUUCUCAUCUGUGGUUCCACAAAACUGUGCUGAUCGCAGCGACCUCACUUCGACAACUACUAUGACUGGCAAGCGAAACCUCAUGCAGAUGAUCGGCGUACCUCUCAGGUGUUGGUUCAUAGGUGUGAUGCAUUGUCCCGUUGUUUGAGAGGGGCCUGGCCUGUUGUGGCGCACUUAGAUGGGACCAAUAUUUGCUCAUCACUGAACCCAAACCCAUCGCCAGUCAUCCUAACCCAGUUUAUAUUGUCACCAGUUAAAAGGCGACACUGUUUUUUUUAGCAUUUAAUGAUACUCGUAAAGGAAUUUCAUUCUCCUUUUCAGGCAUUGUCAAAAAGGUGUUACACUGUCGUAUUUUUUUCUCCGAUGACUACCUUAAAGCAUCUUGACCACCUUCACGCAACAGCAGCCGCAAGGUCUUUUUUCUUCUUUCCCUGGCACGUUUAAAAUAAACAUCGAUAUUGGUUUUCCUAGCAUCGAGUAAGCAACCCCGGCCAUAAGCCAUACCCUUGCCGCGAAAAGUCACAAAAGAUUGUCGAAAUGACUGUGUUCAGUUUUUUGCUCCUCAGACGGUUGGGUCUACCGUCCAAUAUCGGACACAGAAAGCUAAGAUCGAGCAUCUGCGUGUCAUGCUAUUUCAGGAGGCCCGCGCCAACUGUUGCUUAUCUGUGCCACGUCCGCCACGUGACAAUGCCUGUGUACCGAUGAUAAGAACCUGACCCUCGUUAGCUUAGACUUCUUUGUGAUUAGCGCUGGAAUACCACUACUUCCAUCAUAACCUCAGCCGGUCAUUGCAUGCUCUGUCACCCCACACUGCUAACACUUCUCUUCGGGAUCGUUCAACUGCGCGUAACUUCAAAGUUCACACGUACCAUACCCUCUGACUAGGUGGGUUCACAAUCCUCCCGUAAUUGCAUACGAAUACUCCUGCUGUCUGGCUUCAAUCGACCAAGUUUUUCUUGCCCCUUUCUCUUGCGUCCCGGCCGUUAGGACGAAAAACCCUAAGCAUCUGGUUCUGUAACAGUUUAGGCUAAACGUAGUUUAUGUAUUUGUGCCUUAUUUUCGUCGUCUUUCGUACUAAUUUACCUAGGGUGUUCUUCUACAGAACAGGCAUUGUGUUUUCUGUUCCUGCCCGCUGCUUCUUAUUCCUGAACUUCCCGUUCAAAGGACUCGCAAGAGGUCUGCCCGCCGAGUUUGGUCUUCUCUCUCCGUCUGUUGGUGAAGGCGUUCGACUGGUUUCUCCUACUUCUUCUAUUUCUUCAAGACCAGCUGACAUAGUGGUAGGUUCUAGUUACCAUUUCGAAAAAUCUGUCAGUUACCUCCUUGUUCAUUUUCGAACAUCUUUUUUGUCAGCACUUAUUGUUACUGUAUGGGCAAUAAUUUUUUGUAUCGCAUGCGCCCAUCCGUCAAAAACGACUGACGCACCUGGGCACGUAUAGUGAUUCUGGCGGCUAUAAAGAAAGGCUCAUUCGCUGUAGUAAUUCCAGAGUUCUUUUUGUCGGGACUCAGAUGAACUUUUAGGUUUCAGUCGGGAUCAUGCUUUUGUGAAUUUCGAGGGAGUUACUAGUCCCUAUUGUUGUUUUACGCCAGUUCAUCAUUUCCCCUCGUAUAACUUUCAUCAAAUUCGGCCUUAGUGCAUUCAGCUCUCCGCCAUUUUCAUUGCAGCGGGAUUUGUCGUCUUGAGAUUGGCAUAUUUUACCCGCAUAAAAUUUUGUUUGGAAUUCCAGGGGAACUUUGGUGGGGCAGCAUCAUCCUUUCUUCUGAUCAGGUUACUGAGUCAUUUGGUGGAGAAGGGUAUAUUUUUGCGUUAGAUACACGUCGUUGCCGUUCUUAGUUAGCAGUAGUACUGUACUCUUUAGUUCCAAAUUUACUUCCCUUCAGAUUAGUACCGCUGAGCACUCAACAGCUCUUGGUCUCCCAAUCGGCCGCUAUGUACUGCGGCGGCCGACUUCGUCUUCUAACCUUCGUAGUCCACGCCGAGCACGGGUAAAGGAGACGACAGACCUCCAGAACCAGCCUCGUUUUCCGGUUCCAGAGGAUCCCAUGCUGCACCUCGGUCAUAAGGGCUGUAGAACAAGCCAGCUCUAUCCUCAAAAUCGCCCUUGCCAUGUACGUAAAAGAAUUUCAUGUCGUUUGAUUAAGAUCAAUAAAAACUUGAGGCAAAAGGGUGGGCUGACGGCUGUUCUGGUGCAGCGCGAUAGUCCGCCAGUCGACCUUGGCCACGGCCAGUAUUGUCCAGGAGAAGUUCCGAUGGCCUUCGCGGACACUGAAUUAUAUGGAGGAGAACUUUCGCAGCGUAGGCCUCGCUGCCUCUUCCCAAACCCGUCAUCUUCCACUGACGAAUCUCAGUCAGGCCGACAGGAAUGACAAAAUGCCCCUACCUACGUAUGUCGCAUACGAGCUGCUUCUCCGCCCAACGCAGAUACCAAGUGGUUGCCAUAAGGCUACACUAGCCAGGCAUUUCAGCCUGUCUCUCAGUUACAAGUUCUAAAUCGCGCACCAGUUGGCAGCCGUCCAAAGGAUGACUUUUGACGCGUUGUGAUGCCUUAGAGUACAACAUAUUGGUUAUGCUGUGAAGGGUAGCACUGGAUUCCUCUCACAUUCUUUCUUUCUUCGUGUGUUAAUGACCAGAGUGAGUUAGUGGUCUGAGAUGAGAUCGGGUACGUAGGCUGUCCAGACAUUUAGUGGGGGUUUCUUGGGGACACACACUUUUGAUCUCCGUUUACAUCUAACGUGGCAGCAUUGUUCACUUCGGGGGCCCAGCGCAUAAAUGCUCACGCAUUCCCUGGCUCAUUUCUUGUCUAACCGACCCGUAAACACAUCAGCAAGCCAGUCAGUCUUAUCCAGGCUAUUUCGCUUUUUUGCGAUCUCGGUUAUUGAAGGGCGACGUUUCAGGAAGCCAAACAAGCCGUCUUGUACCAUUCCAUAAACAGUUAAUUCCACCCCGUCUUAAGAAGGAAUGUUCUUUAAUGGAGCAUUGACGGAAUUUCUCUUCGAGCGUGCCUGAGACUCAUCGAGUUGACCGCAUUUCUGUCGUCUAUUUGUACUUAUGGACUGCUUUCCGCCCCCAUAUUUCGAUGAAGUUUACCGGUGGCUUCAUCCGCUGCCAAUUUUGCCUGAUUCCACCCCGUAUCUGUCAGUGUGCCUCGGUUACUGUCGCCUAAUAGGUGGGCACCUGUUUGUCAUCCCCUUCAGCAGGCAGUGGUUCUUGCUUUCUUUGCAUAGGUAAAUACCACUCUCCCUUCUUUGAGCCUGUUUGUGCGUAUAUUUUGCUGUUUCCUAGUAUCGACUGUGUGCCGAGAGUCUCGGUGAAGCCAUCCCCGCCGAAUUGAUCGCCUCAGGUGUCUUUUUGCCUUAUCUGCCAAAAUCUGACUCCUCCGUUCACUUGCAAGAUCUAGUCAUGGAGGCUGCCACUGGGCGUAUUUUCCACCGACUUUCGGGUCGCCUGGCUAUGCCCGAAUCCGAACCUUCCGCCUUAUCUGCAGAUUCCUCUGCAUUGACCGCACAUACCACAGAUGGAAAUGUCGGCACUGGCAUUGGCGUGCUGGAGGAAGAAGGAGUCGAGACGGAAGAGGAUCUCACUGAGAUUGGUUCCCCCAUUGUCAUAGAGGCGCCGCCCGGCGCCGAUGAUACAACCUGCACCUCCAUUGCGGCCGAUGUGGCUGCGCGUCGGGUUGCUCUUCAACCAAGUGCCACAACCACCACCCGAUUGACGUUAAUGAGACUGCCCACCUCCCCCACCGCCUCGCUUGUUAUUCGUCCGGACGGCGCAAUAUUCAGGGUACAUGGUUUCCCUGUAUUUGUUGGUUUACUUACGUGCGAGGGCUUGUUUUUUUAUCACUGGCCCCCUGCAUGACAUUUGUGCGCAGGCUGUUAUCAGAGCACGCCAGUUGGGAAACGCUGGAACGGCUAAAUAGCACUGCAGAUUAGCUUCGCGUGAUUCCUUGAGCGGACAAUUGCGAGACGACACGUGACUCAAGCUUCAAUCUGUUAAGCUGUUGUGGUGACCGCUUCGCAGAGAGCCUUAUAGGCCCUCAUUAAAGCAAAUUACUGGAUUACUUCUGAUUAGGUCUCACCCUUGACAUAUUUGAGGGGCCUUUAGUGCGCAGAAAGAUGUUUGCCGACGCUCUCUUCAAGCGAACAAGGAAGCUGACUUGCAGCAUAGUCCCGUAGAAUCGAUAAAUGUGAAGCAGUAGGUUGAACGGGUAACUUGGCCCAAAUAUGAUUGGAAUCACGGCUCCCGGUGGGGCAUCGUAGCCCAGGUGGCUAGACCGUUGGCUGCACAAAAGCUUUGGUGUCGUGAGUUCGAAUCCCACUGAGGCGCCGAGUUUUCCAAAGUUGGGUCAAGAUGAGUUAUUCAAGAUCUACCAAAACACCCUUUGACACCGAUUAAUCGAAAGCAGUCAAUCCCGUCCUUAGCUAGACCGUGGGAGUAGCCGUACUUGUCACCUUAGAACCACGAUCCAUGCCUUAUUUCUGAAGUUUCUACCCAACAGAUAUAUAAAAAAAGUUAAAAGUAGAUUGCCAUCCCACUUUCGCAUUCGGUGCGCAACCUAAAGACUCUGUGUUGUUUCCUAUAACAAUAAAUAACUGAGUAGUUCAGUGCUUUUGGAGCGCCUGCCACAUAGCUUAUUGUCUGCUAUUUCACAAAACGGUGGCCAUCUAGACAAAUAGGAAUCAGAUUAUUAUGAUUCCGCGUCAGGAUCUCGCCAAAUGCUUUCGAAUAUAUACUUCCAAAACGACGACGUUAAACACGAAAAAAAUUGUUAGUUCUCAGUGCCUAGCGGUCGGUAAUCUUAAAAUUUGCGCAAAGUCGUCAUUUGGGCUUCUUGCUUUCCACAGAAAUUAAUGCGUGAACUAGGGGUAAAUUCUUCGGCACAAACCUUCUUGUGGUCGGUCCGAAAAUUGAUAUGAAUAUCUGGGCCGAAGUAACCGCCUAAUAUUCACACUCCGGCCACAGGCGGUCAGUAGUACUCAAAUACUGGUUGAUUUGCCGUACUCCCAGCACGGGUGCUAGCUUGGAGUUCUGACACGUGUUUUGCCGGCUUUAUACCGCUGCAUGACGCGGUUGCGAGUGGUUUGGCUCCACAGUGGAUCCCCAGCAUCACUAUACCCAAGGUUGCCACAUUGAGCUUUCGCAUUCCCUCAGGAGGUAAUGCAUGGACUUAUGGACGAUUCUUUAGCACACAUCUCCCCACUUUCGGUCUGAAAGUUAAACUGAAAUUCAUCUGCUCCAGCCAGAUAACCACCUAAUAUGCCCGUCCUUUCAACAGACAGUCAUUGGUGCUUAAAUGUUGGUUGAUUGGCCAUAAUCCCGCUACGGGUACUAGCUAAAAGCCCAGGCAUGGGUUUGGGCAGUUUUUGUCCUAUGGUUUAUGCAGUGCUAUCUGAACACUUAUUGCGGAUUGAGACUGAAGCGGCCGUCCACUAGAUUCCAGGCGCCGGCGUCCCGAGAGCAUCUUUGUUUAAAAAAUUCGACCUCUAGCCAAAAGCAUAUUCUCACUUAUUAAUAUAUCUUUUUUAGGUCGAACACGGUGAAGAGGGUGUAACAAAGACCUCUAUGAGAGCUAUUCUCCGCUUCGAGGGUUGA